GCAAAAAAAGUAAAAUGCUUUUUAUUUUAUAAACAUAAAUUUAUACAUCUGACAAUUAAAAAAAGCAUGACUAAUUUUAUCUUUUCCUUUAGUAAAACUGCAGCGCUACACACGAACAGUGAGCUAACUAUUUAGUAAAUUAUUUGUUCGUUUAGGAAACACUAGUAAUAAGAGGUUUACCAAUCAUUAUCUUGAAAAUAAAGAGCAAACCAUGGGUAACGAGAGUUCUCUGCCCAUGGAGCUAUGCUCAAACUUUGAUGCUGAUGAAAUACGACGUCUCGGAAAAAGGUUCCGAAAGUUAGAUUUGGAUAAUUCUGGGGCGCUCAGCAUCGACGAAUUUAUGUCUUUGCCAGAACUGCAGCAGAAUCCUCUGGUACAGCGAGUUAUUGACAUCUUUGAUGCUGAUGGCAACGGAGAAGUCGAUUUUAAAGAAUUUAUACAAGGGGUGUCCCAGUUUAGUGUCAAGGGGGACAAAUUGUCCAAGUUGAGGUUUGCCUUCAGAAUCUACGACAUGGAUAACGAUGGGUACAUCUCCAAUGGGGAACUGUUUCAGGUUCUUAAAAUGAUGGUUGGAAAUAACUUGAAAGAUACUCAGCUACAGCAGAUUGUAGACAAAACCAUUCUUUUUGCUGAUAAAGACGAGGAUGGAAAGAUAUCAUUUGAGGAAUUUUGUAACGUAGUAGGAAACACCGACAUCCACAAGAAGAUGGUUGUAGAUGUUUAGAAGAGUAAAAACGUAAUUCCAACUUAAUACCUGACCAUAUAAAAUAGGAAGUAGUUUAAAGGAAUAAUUAGCUGAAACCUGAAAAAAUCUGCACCUUCGUAUAUUUAUAAAAAUUUUACUGUUGUUACUUGAAAUUUGCGAAGAUGUUAUAGUGACGAGAUGUUACAGUUAUGCAGUGGUUUUAUUUUGAGUUUUUUCAGGUUUCAGCUGUUUCUUUAGUCUGUCGGGUAGGCUGCUAGCGGCCUACCCAGAGUAACCAAAUUCGAUGUAUAGCCAUAUAUUCUAACGUACACAUCACGCUUCACAACUUCACCUUCUAUGUCAAUUCAGGUUUUUAGGUUGGAUGAUUAGAUUUUAGCUUUAAGUUUGUUUAAAUUUUCACACUGUAAAAACUAAAAAAAGCUCAUGUGCAUGUACUGUGCUUGUUGUUUCCUGUUAAAAUAUUUUAUAAACAAACAAAUAUCUGUAUAUUUAAUAAUGUUUGUUCUUUAUACUUUAUCUAGGUGUUGUGUGUAUAGCUUUAAAAGUAAUGAUGUAAUCACUCUAAUAUUAAGCUAAAAAAAACUGCUUUUGGGAUGUACUUAUAAAGUAAUAGCCUUUUCACACCAAUCUUGCUAAGGUUAAGGAAAAAGUUUUCGAACAAGUUUUUUAUGUGAGGGUGCACGGCCAAACUUGAUUGACGACUUUUUGUUAGCACUGUUCAACAACUAAUUAAUCUAUUUCUAAAAAGCGGCAAAAACACAAGAGGAAUGAAAUUGAAAACGGAAAGGGAGUGAUACUAGUUUUGCUCUUUUUGUUUUCCCCAUUGUUCCGUUGUGUUUUUUUGGAAAUUUUUGGGAAUCGAUUCAUCGGGAACAAGCUAUUCGCUGAUACUUUCCAUUAUUGUGUGCUUUUGGGAACAAACACCAAAUAGCUAUUUGUUGAAUAUUAGUUGAUUUUUAUCUAACACAAAGUAGGUGUAAAUUAUAGCUUCAAGUUGGAGAGUUAUUUAUUCCACUGUAUUGUACCAUAUGUUAAUCUAAUGUGUGAUAGAUAUUAUGUUUUAAAGUUUAUGUUGUUCAAUAAAAGUUGUUCACCUCUCUAA